UUGUGCUUCAAAACGGAAACAGCGUGGUUUAACUUGUAACGUGCUUGUUUUCGCAGCUGUUGUUGCUUGUCUCAAUUAAUGUCUACACCACACUGUCAUUAAAAACAUGCCAGGCAGGUCGGAACUAAAAAUUAAUACUCAGUUCGCGCAGAAAUACGACAGGUACCGACAGAAAGAGGAGCUGCAGAAGCUGAAGGACCGUUUCGGAGACCGAGCCGAUGACAGCGACUCUCAUUCCUCUGAGUCCAGCUCUGACGACAGUGAAGUGGAGCUGGACCCUGCUGUAGAGAGGGAUUUUUACAGAACCCUGUCCCUGUUGAAGAAGAGAGACCCGAAGAUCUAUGAGAAAGAUGCCAGGUUCUAUUCAGAAGAUGCAUCCCAAAAUGAUGACAUUCCCUCAACGUCAAAACAAGCCAAAGUGAAACCCAUGUACCUGAAGGACUAUGAGCGUAAAGUCAUUCUGGAAAAGGAAGGCAAAUAUGAAGACGAUGAUGACAGCAAUGAUGAGGAAGCAGCCAAAAGAAGAGAGAGGGCAGCCUCGCCAAGCUACAUCCAAGAGCAGAGGCAGCUCAAAGAGAGCUUCCGGAAGUUUGUUGAGGACAGCGACGAUGAGAGCGCAGAGGAAGCUGGAGUGUCCAAGUUGCUCACCAGGAGGAUCAAAACGAAAGAAGAGAAGGAUAAGGAAGAGGCAGAUUAUUUGGACUGGCUCAAAGGCCAAGCAGAGCUGGAAGGUCUGGAGGAGGUGAAGGACAUGAAAUACUUGCGAGACUACUGGAACGACCCGGAGCUUGACAUGAAGGAACAAUUCCUCAGAGAUUAUGUGCUAAAUAAGGGCUACCUGGAUGAGGAGGAGGAUGAUGAACGGAUCCCAACGUACGACGAGGUGGUCCAGGAUGAUGUGGAGGAUUCUGAAGAAGAGGGCGAGAGUUUCCUGGAGCGUCAGGAGGACUUUGAGAGGAGCUACAACUUCCGCUUUGAAGAACCCGACGCACAGCAGAUCAAGACUUACCCUCGAAACAUCGCCACAUCUGUACGCACCAAGGAUGACCGGAGGAAACGCAAGAGGGAGGAAGUGAAAGAAAGGAAGCAAAAAGAGAAAGAGCAGAAGCGGGAGCAGCUGAAGCAGCUGAAGAACCUGAAGAGGAAUGAGAUCAUGGAGAAGCUGAAGAAGCUCCAGGAGCUGACGGGGAACGAGCAGCUAGCUUUCAGUCAGGCUGACCUGGAUGGAGACUUUGACCCAAACCAGCACGACCAGCUCAUGCAGAAGUUCUUUGGAGAUGAGUACUACGGUGAAGAGGAAGAGGAAAAGCCUCAGUUUGACGGUGAUGAGCUGGAGGAACACUGGAACUGGGACACCUGGACAGGAGAGGAACAGGAGGAGGAAUAUGAUGAAGAGGAGUACCGUGUCUCUGGACCUCACUGUGAGGAUGAAAAUUUCAUUAUGGAUGCAGACUACAACCCGAGCCUGCACAACGCCUCCAAGAAGAAGAAGAAAACUGAGAAGAAGAAGCUGAAGAAGGAGGAUAUGCCACAGAUGGGCAAAAAGAAAAAGAAGUCUCACUUUGCUGAGGUUAUCACCAAAACCAAGCCGGUGUUUGAUCCUCAGGAAAAAACCUUUGAGCAGUACUUGGAUGAGUACUACAAGCUGGACUACGAGGACGUCAUUGACGACCUUCCAUGCAGGUUUCGCUACCGACAGGUUGUGCCCAACGACUUUGGCCUGACCACGGGCGAGGUCUUGAAUGCCAACGACCAGGAGCUGAACCGCUGGUGCUCGCUGAGGAAAACGUGCAUGUUCAGGUCUGAGAAAGAGGAGCUGGGUGAUCUGAAGAACUAUAAAUUGAAGGCACAGAAUGUGAGGAAGAAGAAAGAAGUCCUGAGCUCUGUUUAUUCUGAGGAGGAUAAUGAAACACCAGAGGCUAAGGGCAAGCUGGGGAAGAAACGGCGAGAUUGUCUGAGAAAUGCAGAGAAGCAGAGCAAAGGAGCAGAAGAGACGAUUCCAGCUCUUAACGAGGCUGUGGACAGCACAGAAGAAGGGGAGGAGAUCCUGGUACCCAAGAAAAAGAAGAAGUUAGAAGAACAGACCCAGGAUAUAUCUGAGGAGGCAGCAGAUGAACCAAGAGAGAGGGAGAACAGGACUGAAAGGCCAGCGUGGUCCAAGAAGAAGCCCAGGAAGUCAGGUGGACGUCUCCAAUCAGGAAACAAGAGAGUGAAAAUAGGCGGCCGGGAGUUUAGCAGGCAGAGACUAAAGGCCUACGGCCUUAACCCAAAGAGAUUGUACUUCAGACAGCUUGGCAGACAGAAACGGAAAGAGCAGGAGAAGAAGCUGAAGCAGAAGAACAAAGAGUGAUAAAAGCUUUUAUUGGACUGCGAUCAGAGCUUACUGUACACUCUGGUUUUAUACUCCAGAAUGGGAAUAAAACUUGUAGUUUGAAAAAUGUUUUCUGAGAAGAUCAAUGUUUUGAUUUAAUAGAAUUUAAUUUUAUGUCAGGUUUUUGUACAUUAAACUGCUCUGCUGUGUUAGCAUGGUUUUAAUAGUUAAAAUACAACUGUACUUAAAAUCAGCUAUGUUCUUCA